UCAUCCAGGUUAUAUUAAAUAAUAAUAAUAAUAAAAAAAAAAAAAUCCAACAACGUUAUCUGAGCGAACCGGAGCAGCUGAUGAUAACAGCUCAAGAAGAGAGAGAGAGGAACUAGUUCAAGCAAAAACACUCCGGACUGCUCAAUUAUCGUCCAGCAGAGUGGAGGGAAGACCCCGCUGCAGUUUUUGGCCGGUAACAGACAGAUAAGCUACUUCGGCAGACAGGUGAGGUGCCAUGAGCAGUGAGCUUAACGUCCCAAUGGGCUCCCCGGCCCCGGGGGCCUCGGAGCAAGCCCCCGAUUGCGGGAUGGACUACAGGGACUGGGUGCGACGUAGCUACCUGGAGCUGGUCAGCUCCAACCACCACUCCGUGCAGGCCCUGUCCUGGAGGAAACUCUACCUGAGCCGGGCCAAGCUGAAGGCCUCCAGCAGGACGUCUGCUCUGCUCUCCGGCUUCGCAAUGGUGGCCAUGGUGGAGGUGCAGCUGGAGAUGCAGUACAGUUAUCCUCCUGUGCUCCUCAUCGCCUUCAGCGUGUGCACGACCGUGCUGGUGGCGGUGCACCUCUUCGCUCUGCUCAUCAGCACCUGCAUCCUCCCGAACGUGGAGGCCGUCAGCAACAUCCACAACCUCAACUCGGUCAGCGAGUCGCCGCACGAGCGCAUGCACUGCUACAUCGAGCUGGCGUGGGGCUUCUCCACGGCGCUGGGCAUCCUGCUGUUCUUAGCCGAGGUGGUGCUCCUCUGCUGGAUCAAGUUCCUGCCCGUGGACUCCUGUGAGACCAAAAAGGAAACGGCAUGCGCGACCGCAGCGCCACCUGUGGCGAAGGGCAGCGGGCAGGCGGCGGCGCUGGCCUCCACCAUCAUCAUGGUGCCGGUGGGGGUGAUUUUCGUGGUGUUCACCAUUCACUUCUAUCGCUCCCUGGUGCGCCACAAGACAGAGCGCCACCACCAGGAGAUCGAGGAACUGCACAAGAUUAAAGUGCAGCUAGACGGCCACGAGAGAGGUCUUCAGACUGUGUGAAAGCAGGACGGCAGCUUUAAGGACUUCCCUUUACGUCCCGUGUUUAUCCUCCCCCAUCUCUUUUUAUGUCCCCGUCUUUGUUAAAGCCUUCAUCGGACAGCGAGCUCCAGAGCUCUCCACUCGGCAGCACAGACAGCCAGUACAUGUCAGACUGCUAACUUAUUCUUAAGGUGAUGUUUUCAUGUUUAUGUGGUGGCCUUGUCUGUUCUUUUAGCUCUGUAAUGUGUGUUGUCAAAGAGAAUGUUAAAAACGUUUACAGUAAAAGGGCUAAAGUGUAGGGAUGCACCGCUCUGACUACUGACAUCUGGGUUUGAAUAUCAGCCUUACAGAGUCCCAGAGUCCCAACCUGACACCAGACCUUUAAUCUCUAUGAUCCAAUUCUGACUUUUUACAUGAUGCUUCUGCAGGGUUUGUUACAGAUUGCAAUGCUCAACCAUCUCUCACAACAGAGGGCUCUGCAGAUACUACAAGUAGUCAUACAGGCUCUGUGCUGUGGCAAUUCUAAAAUCCCUUUAACCAGCUGAUAACAAGGGAUGCACUGAUGUCUCAAUUGACUGAUUAGCUCUUUGACAGGCAAAUAAUGUGGCACGCAUCAAUGUCAGCAGCCACUACGUAUCAGUGAUGAUGCAUCAGUUUAAUGCUGGUAUACCUGACUGCUGAUCCAGGGAAAGUCUUCUCUCUUUUUUUUUGGCUGGUGAAGUCACCUGUCGGACCAAUUCCCAUUUUUUUUUUCUUUCAUGGAACAGAACAGUGUGGGAGUCUUCCACCGUCUCGUUCAAAGAUCUGCAACAGGCAGUUUGCCAAACAUGUUCCAGUGACAUUUGAAGAAUGUUUUUUCAAAUGAGCUACGUGAUUGGAUGUAUUUGAAUGUAGACACUGAGAAUUAGGUCACAAAAGAAAACAUCGGUAUUGGCUAAAUUGUUGUCUUCAUCUCCGGUAUCGACCCAGAUUUUCACUUCUGGUGUGUUCUGUAUGAGAAGAAUGUAUGGAGACAGCUGAUCGACACAGAGGAGUAUAUUUUUAAUCAGAUGAGCCCCGGUGUCACCAACACCAAAUCCAGAUGUUUGUGUUGGUUUAUGUCAGUAUGAGGUUGGUGCAUCCCUUACUAAUCUGUUAUUUGUGCCAUGUCUUGUUUCCUCGGUGGGGUUUCGGUGACAGCGGUCGGUUUUGGAUCUGGUUUUGCAGAAUAGCUUCAGAGCUUAAUCCCCGUCAAACAAAUCUCUUAUUGAAUCUUUUUCUCUUCUCUUAGUCUUAAUGACAAAGAGCUGCCGUCACUUUCAAACACAAACAUGCACUCAAAUCGUUUGAUGCCAAAAGUGACUUGACUCGUCGUUUCUCUUUAAGCUGCUUUCUGUUUUCAGUCAGAGAGCGUUUGAGUGGUGCGUCAAACCUGAUUCAUACUUCAAUAUUUUCAGCUAAUUACUUUUAUAAAUGUGGAAUCAGGGGCUUCUUUAUUUUGGCGCCAAUAAAAUACCAUGUGCCAAAAACACGACCACCACAGCAUGGUUAUGUUCUGCCUUCUCAGUCCAAACAAAUCGGAUUACACAGCUCAAACUUUGACUUUAUGUUCUUUAUAAAUCUAUUCCCUUACAAACGCGGAACAUUAGAUUCAUUCAAUGAGAGAUUUGAAAAGAUUAGGCUUUACCUCGUCAUCCAGUCCAAACUAAACCACGUCGUGUGGGUGAUGUGGUGAACGCUCCUCGGUCAGGCUUGUUGUUUUAACUGCGUGAGCCGAGUCAUGCUUCACACUGCGAGAGAAAUGUUGUUGUUGUUUUUUCUCACCUCGUUCAGUCUUAAUAAUGUGACGUUCUUGUCAAACUGUGGGGAGAUUUAUGUUUCUGUGUUUGACAUCCAAACUCUCACACGAGCCUCAGACUCAUUUUUCCUCCUUCAGAUAUUUAUUCUCUUUUACAAAAGACCACAGAGACCAUUUGUGAAAAGGUGUCAUACUCGUCGAUUCUGCUGUUCUGAGUUCCUCAAUAUGAAUGUGUUAACUGUCCAAAUAUAGCUCUGCCUUACAGAAUCGUUGCUUUUUUUCUAAACUGCUGUUUUGCUGGAGGUCGUUACACGAGCUGCUGCGUUUACAGAGGAGGAAGUUUAAGCAUGACAAAGUGUAGACAUGCUGAAGAGGACAGAAUGGAGAAGAGGAUGACAUGAGAGCAGUGCAUGUUGUAAUCAGCAUGACCUUGUAAGUUUAUAUAUUUAAUAUACUGGACACCUCUCAGUGAGUCCUCAAAGAGUUACACACACACACACGCACACACAGUGUUGGUAGUUUUGUUACUGUGUUUAAAAAAAAAAAAAAAAGAAAAAUGUACCAACCUGUUCUCACAUUCCAAAAACGAUAAACUGACCAAAGUGUUACUGACAUGUUUGUUUCUGCCUCUUUUGAAGAGACUAAAGUGCACUUGUAGUGUAGUUGUACGUCCGCUGAGCUUCUUUUAUCAGAGAAUGUCUUGCUUUGUCUCGUGUUUAUGGACGCGUUGCUUCUUAAUAGAAAUACUGCAGAGGUCAUGGAGAUGUUUGUUUUUGGAAGAUAAAAACACACAACCUGAAACUUUCAAAAUAAAAUAAAAUCUUCUUAAGUUCU